CUGUCUUGUGCGAGAGUGCAACUGCAACCUCAGACUACUGCCUUCAAAGUAUUUCAACUCAUUUUUGUUCAUUUGCGCCAUCACAUUUACAGUAUUUACAUUAUUAAGAAGUCACAGUGUCGCAAUGGUCGAGUUGAGGAAGCGUAAAGCGACAACACAACCCCUCGAAACAGAACAAAAGAGCAAGCGCAUCCUCGAUCUCGACCCAGCCUCGAAGAGAGGGCCUAAAAAAGUCAAGGCUGGCGGCUCUCUUGCCGACGCGUCUAGCGAUGCCCGCCAUGGAUCGCCGAAAGUUGGAGAGACCCUCGAUUUGAACCAAUUUGGUGGUGAAUUUGAAAACCAUGAUGGGACGAAACUCAGAUUGAAGGAUCUCGUCGACAGUAGCAAGUCCGGUGUUGUGUUAUUCACAUAUCCCAGAGCGUCUACCCCUGGAUGUACCAAGCAAGCCUGUCUUUUCCGUGACAAUUAUGAAUCCCUAACUUCAAGUGGGAUGUCAGUAUACGGUCUUUCAGCGGAUUCGCCCAAAGCAAACACCACUUUCAAGUCUAAGCAGAAGUUGCCUUUUCCUCUCCUGUGCAAUUCCUCCUAUACACUUAUAGCUGCUCUUGGAUUCAAGAAAACGCCAAAAGGAACAACAAGGGGGGUCUUCGCUGUAAACAAGCUGGGUGAAGUUCUCCUACAUCAAAGGGGUGGUCCCGAUGCAACAGUCGAGGCUGCGCGACAAGUCGUUAUUGCCUCGAAGGAGGAGAAACGGGAAAGUCCUUAGAGCUGCAUAUUCUCUCGCAGAUCUGCCACAAUGGAAGGAGAUAGAUAUGAAUGUAUUACACAAUUCCAACAAGUGAUGAUUGGCCG